AUGGCUGUCGCAUCCAUUCAAGACAGAACCUCCGAGUUCAAAUCGGUACUCGCACAAGCACAGCGAAAACAAUCCUCGUCGAAAGUCAGCUCUCAGCGCCGGUCUCUUUUGACUGAUGCGCAAAAAGAUGCUGCCAACGGUCAUGCUCCUGGCCCCCAGAGGCGAUCCGACUUCGCCCGCAACGCUGCUGAAAUCGGACGUGGCAUCUCGGCGACUAUGGCCAAGUUGGAGAAAUUAGCUCAACUGGCAAAGCGACGAACGCUCUUCGACGACCGUCCCGUAGAAAUUAACGAGCUUACAUUUGUUAUCAAGCAAGAUCUUUCGUCUCUGAACCAGCAAAUCGGUGCCCUGCAAACACUCACCAAGCAGCAACACCCUAAAGCUGAUCAAGAAGGCGAGCACAACAAGAACGUUGUAUAUCUACUACAAGGCAAACUCACAGAUGUCUCCGUCAACUUCAAAGAUGUUCUCGAGGCCAGGACCAAGAACAUCCAGGCAUCGCGAUCACGAACAGAGAACUUCAUCUCCUCUGUGUCGCAACAUACUCAGCCAUCUAUCCAACAAUCCGCCUCGCCCCUCUAUGGAACACCAGCUCGCAAUUCGCCUGCGCCCGGCGGCCAAGAUACCCUUUCACUCAACCCUGUCGGCGACCAGCAGCUGUUGAUGAUGGAGGAGGCACAGCCAUCCAACACAUACAUCCAGCAGCGAGGCGAGGCUAUCGAAGCGAUCGAGAAGACAAUCGGCGAGCUGGGAAGCAUUUUUGGACAACUAGCCACCAUGGUGUCAGAACAGAGCGAGAUGAUCCAGCGCAUCGAUGCCAACACAGAAGACGUAGUCGACAACGUUGAGGGGGCGCAACGAGAGCUCCUCAAGUACUGGAACCGAGUAUCGAGUAACAGGUGGUUAAUCGCCAAAAUGUUUGGAGUUCUGAUGAUCUUCUUCUUACUUUGGGUUCUUGUUUCGGGCUAA